AUGCCAAGGAGAUCCACCACAAAAUCGCGUGCCGGCUGUGAGACCUGCAAACAACGGCAUCUGAAAUGUAACGAGGAGCGACCGGUGUGCGGGAAAUGCGCCUUUUCCAAGAGAGAAUGUAUAUACAGGGUGGCUCCCUCACAGGGGACUUCAAUACCCGCGUCUCGACGCACAGACCAAGCGUCACGCGGACAUCAACAACCACUCGUAGGUAGUCCUGCCAGCAGCUUGCCGCCGCUGAGCCCUGGUUCAUCUGGAGCAGGAUCCAACGUCGACCACAUUGAGCUGUUUUAUCUAUUCAUCACCAAAACAUGCACCACAAUCGCUAUCGAUCCAGGACAGGUCGAGCUCUAUCGUCGCAUCAUCAUUGAGCGAUCUUUCAAACAGCAUUUCUUACUGGACCAGAUCAUCGCUUUGUCCGCAUGCCAUAUGACGCUUCAGAGACCUCAGGCGACUGCUUACUAUCUAGAUAUCGCAGCCAAUCAACAGGCUGCGGCGCUCGCUGGCUAUCGCGACAUUCUGUGCAGGGUUGACGCGUCGAACUGUCUGGACGUCUUGUUAUUCUCGCACUUGAUUGCUCUUCAUGUUUUCUGGGAGAUCUUCACGCAGCAGCCCGAGACCGACUUUGGCAGCUUCCUCGAAAGACUAGUCGGUUGUAUCCGCCUCCUGCGCGGUAUUAACUUUGUCAUCCGCUCCUGGUUUGGGACUCUGGUCAAGAGUGAGAUUGGGCCGAUCAUCAUGGAAUCGGAGGAGCACCAACAAAGUCCUAAAGAAUCGCGCGGGGAGUGCGAAGCGUUGCGCGCAAUGCUAGACCACGCGGACCUCAGCGACUCAUCCAUUGCAACAUGCCUAGCGUCCCUAGACAUGUUGCAGACAAAUUUCGAUAGCGAAAACGCUCUAGAUCAACCGUCAGCAUCCACACACCAGGCGUUCAGCUGGCUAGUGACAUUGUCUGAGCCGUUCACUGACCUCAUCGAUCAGCGCAAGCCUGAAGCGCUUGUUCUUCUGGCACACUACGCGGUGGUGCUCCAUCGACGGAGGCAUUCAUGGGCUAUUGGGCACGCAGGUAUUCGACUGUUGAGUCAAAUCCAUCAAUAUUUGGGGAAGCGGUGGGACCAGUGGCUUGCGUGGCCAGAGAGCAUCAUACAGGGCACCCAGGAUUGUGUUUCAGAGCGCUGA